CGCAGUCCAUCAAAACCGCUAAUUUAAGCCGAUUGAUUCGUAAUUCCCGCCCGAGCUAUCGAUGAGCUCCCACUCUUCGCUCCCGUCAAUCUCUCCAAAUCUCCCACUUUUCUUCCGACGCAGUGGACAACACGCCAAGAAUCCGAAGGGAUUGCUCCCGCCGAUUAACCUUUUUCUGCUCGCAGAUACUCUAAUUCCUUGCCCUAAUGUUACGAAAGGAUUGAUCUUUUUGAUUAUUUUCCCUUGUUAGGGUUCUGCUUAGACGGUGGGCUUGCAAAGAUUCGUUUGUAGUUAGGGGUUUGCGCUCUUCUGCUUUCUGAGCUAGAGAUCAAAUGGAUUCUGGCUCAGGAAAGGACGGCGAGGCCGCAGAAUCUUCUUCGCACAAAGAAGAGAUUAAGCUCGUUUCGUCGAAAUCAGAGGCGUCUGUACGAGAUGCGAGUGUUGUGAUUGAUGUGGAUCCGAUUGGAAGAAGCUUAGAGGGAGCUGAAGACACAUGCAGGGGCAAUGAGGAGGAGAGGAUGUGCAGGGUGUGCCAUUUGGCCUCCGAUUGCACAUCUCAAUCUGGUGUGCUGAUUCAGUUAGGUUGCAGCUGUAAGAAUGAUCUUGGGACUGCUCAUCGCUUCUGUGCUGAACGCUGGUUUUCUACCAGAGGAAAUAGAUACUGUGAAAUUUGUGGUGCUGUUGCUGAAAAUGUUACCAUUGUGGGAAGCAGAAGCUUCAUGCUUGAGAUUAAUGGCGUUCAGAGUUCUGUUUUUACCAAUAGGUUCAUAGCGAGGUAUGGUCCUCUAUGUAAUUAUCUUGGAGCAUUAGUUGUUGUUGCCCUUUUAGUGCAUUGGUUCUUUCAUGUGAGGCUUGUCAGAGGUAAAAAUUGAAUUCAUGUUACAUUUUCUCUCUUAUUUCUUAG